GCAGCCUAGGUUUUAAUUCUCAGUAUUUUACACUAAAAAUUGGGAAUAUAAAAAUCACGUCCCGGCACCAAUUUAUCUCGUGUUCCAGUGAUUUCUUCUCAACUUCUUCAUCACCAAAUUCGGAAGACGGUGUAGAUAUGAUGAGUUUGAUUUCUCAAAAUGCUAUACCCAAAGAGGUAAAAAGGAAUGCAAAUAAGGAUGGGACUACACUUGUUGGGGAUGGAAACAAAGAUGUUGAGGAUGGACAGGAGCUUGAUUUGGAUGCUAUAAAGAAUCGAAAAAGAAGGAGAGAACGAAAGAAAAAAGAUGAAGAAUCAGAGAUUGAGCAGGAGAGGGAAAUGAAGAAGCUAGAGAACUUUUUGUUUGGCUCUUUGUACUCUCCCAUUGAGUUUGGGAAGCACAAUGAAGAAAUGAGAGAUGAGGUUGACAAUAGUUCUGCGUUGUACUUCACGGACAGGUCAGCAAAUAGUAUGUUGUCAGUUUAUGAAGAGGAUGCGGGAUUGGCAGAAGAAACAAGUGACGAAGAGGAAACUAAGCAAAGGAAACCUGUAUGGGUAGAUGAAGAAGAGGAGAAAGCCAGCAUAAAUAUAGCUAAAGUGAACAAAUUGAGGAAACUGAGGAAGGAAGAGGAUGAGUGUGUAAUUUCUGGUUCUUCAUAUGUGUCAAGAUUGAGAGCUCAGCAUGCUAAGCUGAACCCUGGGACUGAUUGGGCACAACCUGAUGUACGGGUGAGAGAUUACAGCUCUGACGACGAGGAUGUCGAUAAAGAAAGUGGGGCAGUGGUGGCCUGUGGUUAUGAGGAUGCUGAAGGUGUUGAUGAUAUCCUUAAAAGGAAUGAAGAUCUUGUUGUGAAGAAUAGUGCAAAAUUGUUACCAGGGCGUCUAGAGUAUUCAAGGCUGGUGGAUGCCAAUAUGAUGGAACGUUCAAAUGGUCCCGUAAAAUCAGUGCAGUUUCACAAAAAUGCUCAGUUGCUCCUUGCUGCUGGAUUAGAUAAGACAAUAAGAUUUUUUCAAAUUGAUGGAAAAAAGAAUGCUAAAAUACAAAGCAUCUUUCUUGAUGGUUAUCCAAUUUAUAAGGCUUCUUUCUUACCCGAUGGGUCUCAGGUUAUUAUAUCGGGAAGAAGAAAGUUUGCUUAUAGCUUUGAUUUAGUCACGUCAGAAAAAAGUGUGAUAGGCCCUCUAAUUGGUAGGGAGGAGAAGAGCUUGGAAAGCUUUGAAGUUUCUCCUGAUUCUAGUACAAUCGCUUUUCUCGGCAAUGAAGGUUAUAUUUUAUUAGUUUCAACGAAAACUAAAGAACUCAUUGGGACCUUGAAAAUGAAUGGGACUGUUCGUUCGGUAGCUUUUACCAAUGAUGGACAGCAAUUGCUGAGCUCUGGUGGAGAUGGGCAUAUUUACCACUGGGACCUGAGAACAAGGACUUGCUUCCACAAAGGAGUCGAUGACGGUUGCAUAACUGGUACAGCUCUUUGCACUUCCCCAACUGGAAAUUUAUUUGCAGCUGGCUCAGUCACGGGUGCUGUGAACAUUUACGACAGGGAAGACUUCUUAGGUGGGAAGAGGAAACCACUCAAGACCUUUCAUAACCUGAGCACUGAAGUGAAUUUCAUGAAAUUCAACAAUGAUUCUCAAAUGUUGGCUAUCUGUUCGAACGUGAAGAAGAGCAGCUUAAAAUUGGUUCAUAUUCCAUCAUUUACCAUGUUCUCAAACUGGCCGCCAUUAAAUCAGACUCUGCUUCAUACAAACUGUCUAGACUUCAGUCCUAAUGGAGGUUUUAUGGCACUGGGAAAUGCAGCUGGAAAAGUUUUACUAUACAAGCUUAAUCACUACCAUAAUGCAUAGUGAUUUUUUCUAUAGACCACGGUUCGUAUAUCAUUUGUUGUUGAUUUAAAUGUUGUGUGAGCUACAUUUCCAUCCAUCUGCAGAUCAUAUAUGCAGGAAUUUUGUUCUUUGUUUUAAGUACCCUUUAGAUUUAGACUAGAAUUGAUUGAGUUCAAUCUAGUUUCUGUUAUAAAAUAUGUUGUACUUCGCCUAACUGGAUUAAUUUUAGCUAGACAUUGAUACUAAGUUUUGUAGCGAUAAAUCUCGGCGUUCCCUGCA